AUUUCUUGCAAGUAGUUCACGAGACACCUUCGUUCGGUCCACUGUGCAAAUUUUCUUAUAAUAAUGUGGCGGAAUCGUUAAUAACUUCAAAAAAAUGAUUAUUAAUUUAAUUUUGGUUUUGAUAAGUUUGGUGCAACAAAUUCAAGCCGAGCCAACAGUUAGUUAUAAUGGCAGUGGUACAAGUGUUGCGGAAAUGGAAUGGUUUUCAGGGCUUUUUGAUCAAAAUCAAUGGAAUAAUCACUUGGGAGUUUUAAAAAAUCAGACAUGUAAAAGGAAUAUGGAAUUUUAUAUUGGGAAGCUUAAAAAUGGAAGUAGUUGGGCUGCAAAAAUGUAUGACGCUUCUGGUAGAUAUAAUGGACUUUUUUUCAUGGGCAAUGAUUUUUGGUUGGGCUCAAAAGUACUAUGUCAAGAAUUGCAGAAUAAUGAAGCCAACAUUGAAGUCCCUCCAUUUGUUUUGUCUUAUUUUGUUGCCAAAAUUCGUUUGAGCCUUAGUCCUAAAUUUACAACACCAGUAAAUCGUUUAAUUCAUUUGGGACUUUGCUUACCUAACGCAUGCAGUAACGAAGAAAUAAGAAAAUUACUCUCUAAAGAAGCUCGAAAUAAAGCGAUUCAAAUGGAAAUAAUUGACGUAAGAACAGUGCCAGGGAAUUAUUGCCUUUUUAAAGAUUUAAAGUUUCAAAUUGUUGGUUUAUCCGCAUUGAUCACUUUAUUACUAAUACUUGUGGCUUCUGUGGUUGAAGUUGUCGUGAAGAAGAAAAUCAGCAAAUCAUCUCCCAGAGAUGCUGAAGCUAUAAAAAAUGAUUCUAUUGAUCAUUCAAAAAGUACCGAAAGAAUCAUUACUAAAGAAUCAAGCAAACCCACUCAAAAUUUUUUCCUCUCUCUCCUCUUAUCAUUUUCGGCAAUAACCAAUGGAAAUAAAAUCAUGUCCGUUAACCAUGAAUCAAAAGAUGCUAUCGGUUGCCUGCACGGCUUAAGAGUAGUCUCCAUAGGAUGGAUUAUUUUGGUUCACACCUAUCUUAAUGUUUUUGGAGUCGGUAGGAAUAAAGCUUUAAGGACCAUUACCGAGAGAAAAUUUAUGUACCAGACCAUUUCGAACGCUACAUUUUCUGUGGACACGUUUUUCUUUAUAAGUGGACUUCUUGUAACUCUAGGAUUCUUCAGACAUGAGGCAACAAAAUCCAAAAAGGCUGAUAAGGAAACUUUAACAAGAAAAAUAUUUUCCAAUAUCUUUAGUUAUUUGAUAAUGAUUUCUUAUAGGCUUUUACGAUUAACUCCUGCUUAUUUAUUCGUUUUGGGUGCUAAUGAAGUGACAAUGAGAUACAUCCAUAGUAAUUCUGUGUUUACUCCUGCAAUAAUCGACCACAUAACAUGUGAUAAGUUUUGGUGGAGAAACAUACUGUACAUAAACAAUUUCUUUCCUCAAAGAGAAUUUUGUAUGCUCUGGUCCUGGUAUAUUGCCAACGAUACCCAAUUUUUCGCUAUUGCUUCCAUUUUGUUGAUGAUUGCUGUAAAAGGUCCCAAGCAACUAAAAUUCAGUGUAUUAGCAAUAAUAGUAUUAUUAUUAUCCUCUUGGAUGGUAACGUUUAUUUUAGCCAUCCAGCAUAAUUACGUGGCCAGAGUCCAAGAGCCUUUUGCUCUAUUUGACGAGCUCUACGACAAGCCUUGGAUGCGAAUCGGACCUUAUUUAAUAGGCAUGGUUAUAGGGUAUAUUAUUUUUAACAUAAAUGGGCAAGUGAUAUUCACUCCGGCAAUAGUAACGAUAGGUUGGAUAUCGUCAAUAGUUUGUUUGGGAUCUUUGGUUUAUGGUUUAGGAAAGCAGGGCCUUGUGAUUCCAGUUUCUGCAUUUUAUGUGGCACUGGGUCAUACAGCUUGGGGUCUCUCGUUAGCCUGGAUUACAGUGGCUUGUUGUACAGGUUACGGUGGUCCGUUUAAUUUGUUGUUUAGCUGUAGAUUGUUUUUACCGUUGAGCCGAUUGACUUAUUGUGCUUACCUUGUACACCCGAUUUUGAUGUGUAUUACCAGUUUUUCUUUGGACGGAUCUCUUCAAAUACAUAACAAUUUAACGGUUGUUAUAUUUUUUGGAAAUUUUCUAUUGUCGUUUUUGGUGGCUUUUAUUAUUUCGCUCGGAUUUGAAGCGCCAGUGAUUAAUUUGAAGAAGUUAAUUUUUUAAUCUUAUAUAGAAAAAUAUUUGGUACGCCUUUGUGUAGGAGAAGGAGGAGCUUGAAAUUCAUAGGCGUAGUGUAACUAGAUUUCAUUAUAAAUAAUUAAUAAAAUUGUUAUUUUUGUCAAUCAUAUUGGUUUUAUUUACUUACUUAAAUAAAUGAAUCAUAUUAUACAGUUUGUACAAAGUAUCUUACUUAAAACGUUUAUAUAUAAUAACGAACAUUCAACAAUUUCUUUUGUAAACGCAAUUAAUUGUAAAUUUUAAAAAUGUAUAAGCUUAUUUACUAACGCGAAUUAGACACAACAUUAUACAAAAACAAGCUAAAUAUUAAUACCUAUCCUCUUAGUAAUUAAUCAAUUAAAAAUAUAAAUUCGUUUAGUAAUAAAUUAAAAAAAUAGUAAUUAAUUAUUAUUAUUGGCACAUACGUUAUAAGAUGAAAUUUUAAAAUGUCCAAAAAGUCAAUAAAUCACUAUUUACAAAUUCACUUCACUAGUAAGUACAUUUAGAACUUUUGAGUUUAUUUUUUUUUGUCAUCAAAUCACUGUCGAAUUGCAU